UAAGUCGUAAGAACAGAAUUGCAAAUGUCAAUAUGUCAGGAUUUUGGCCUUAAUUUCCAGCAUAGAAUGUUUGGCAACACUUGUUACAGCAACUCAGUGUUGCAAGCUUUAUAUUUUUGUCGCCCAUUCAGAGAGAAAGUAUUAGAGUACAAAGCUAAGAAUAAAAGGACCAAGGAAACUCUAUUAACAUGCCUGGCAGAUUUAUUUUAUAGCAUAGCUACUCAAAAGAAAAAAGUUGGAUCAAUUGCACCUAAAAAAUUUAUUGCUAGACUUAGGAAGGAAAAGGAGGAAUUUGACAAUUACAUGCAACAAGAUGCCCAUGAAUUCCUGAACUUCCUAAUAAAUCAUAUUAAUGAAAUUAUUUUAGCGGAACGUAAUCAAAGCACAUUAAAAGUUCAAAAGAACAACUCCGGUGAGAAUGUGACGUGUAAUGGUUCAGUGCCUCACAACACUGAACCGACUUGGGUGCACGAAAUAUUCCAAGGAACAUUAACAAGCGAGACGAGGUGUCUCAACUGUGAGACGGUCAGCAGUAAAGAUGAGCAUUUCUUUGAUUUACAGGUGGACGUGGGUCAAAACACGAGCAUCACGCACUGCCUCAAGUGCUUCAGCGACACGGAGACGCUUUGCAACGACAACAAGUUCAAGUGUGACAACUGCAGCAGCUACCAGGAGGCGCAGAAGCGGAUGCGCGUGAAGAAGCUUCCCCUCAUCCUCGCCCUGCACCUCAAGAGGUUCAAAUACAUGGAACAGUUUAACCGGCACAUCAAGGUGUCGCAUCGCGUUGUGUUCCCAUUAGAACUGAGAUUAUUUAAUACGUCUGACGACGCUGUGAAUCCGGAUCGUCUGUACGACCUGGUGGCCGUGGUGGUGCACUGCGGCUCCGGCCCGAACCGGGGCCACUACAUCAGCAUCGUCAAGAGUCACGGCUUCUGGCUGCUGUUCGACGAUGACAUGGUUGAUAAAAUAGAUGCAUCAGCUAUAGAAGACUUUUACGGCCUAACUUCAGACAUACAGAAAUCGUCCGAAACAGGAUACAUACUAUUUUAUCAGUCUAGGGACGCUAGUUGUUAAAUAAAUAAAUAUUGUUAGUUAAAUUAUUGAAACCAGUCAAUAUGAAUCGUUUUGAGAUAAUAUGCCAUGUUUGUUAAAGUUGAAACGGCAUAUGUUUAUUAAGAUAAUAUUUUAUUCUUUGCAUUAUUAUUAUUAUUAUUGUCAUUCAAAUUGUUCGAUUGUAAAUAAUAAAUAUUUCAUUUCAAAAUUAAAAGUUGUGAUCUA